CUCUAAUAUGAGUUUCUAGUUGUUUUAUGUAGUGAGUUUAACGUGAUGUGAUGGCUCGAUUUUUAUUAUCAUUGAACUAAACUCAGUUAUCAAGAUGACAUCCCCUGUAGUUUCAAAGCUUUCAGUUGCACCUUCAAUACAAGAAUUUAGUAUCAGAGUACCAAAAAACAACAAGAAAAAGCACAAUGUGAUGCGUUUUAAUGCAACAUUAAAUGUUGAUUUUUCGAAAUGGAGUCAAGUGAAAAUGGAACGUGAAAACAAUAUGAAAGAAUAUAAAGGAAUAGAGGAGGAAAUGCCAAAAUUUGGAGCUGGAUCUGAAUUUGGGCGAGAUGCAAGAGAAGAAGCAAGAAGAAAAAAGUUUGGCAUUACAAGUAGAAAAUAUAAACCAGAGGAUCAACCUUGGAUUUUAAAAUCUGGAGGAAAAACUGGAAAAAAAUUUAAAGGCAUAAGAGAAGGUGGUGUGAGUGAAAAUGCUGCAUAUUAUGUUUUUACGCAUGCUGCUGAUGGAGCCAUAGAAGCUUUUCCAUUGCAUGAAUGGUAUAAUUUUCAACCAAUUCAAAGAUAUAAAGCACUAAGUGCAGAAGAAGCAGAACAAGAGUUUAGUCGUAGAAAUAAAGUAAUGAAUUAUUUUUCACUAAUGUUGCGUAAAAGACUUAGGAACGAUGAGGAAGGUGCAGAUGAUGAAGAAAUAAUAGAGACUGGGAAGGGUAAGAAACCAAAUAAAAAAGAAAAAGACUUAAAAAUAUCUGAAAUGGAUGAAUGGAUGGAUAGUGAUGAUGACGAUUCGCUCAGCGACGAUGAAGAAAGUAAACGAAACUCCGAUGAAGAAGAUGAUGCGAAAAAGAAGAAAAAAGGCAAAGUUGUUAUCCAGAAAAAGAAAAAGAAAAAUGCUUCGGAUGAUGAAGCAUUUGAAGAAAGUGAUGACGGAGAUGAAGAAGGUAGAGAAUGUGAUUACAUUUCUGAUUCGUCGGAUUCUGAAUCAGAAUUGGAACAACAGAAAGAAAUAAAGUCAGUUGCAGAAGAAGACGCAUUAAGAAAAUUACUUGCUUCUGAUGAAGAUGAUGAAGAUGAAGAACAAGCAGACAAAAAGGAUGGCGAUGAAGAGAAAGAUGAAGAUGAUGAACAUAAAGAUAAAGAUGAUAAGGAUAAAGAUAAGACCACUAAAGAUACAGAUAAGAAAAAAGAUAAAAAGAAAAAGAAGAAACAAUUAAAAAAAAAAGAUUUAAAAAAACUUACAUCAGGCAAAGAUUCUUCUAGCGAUUUUUCAAGUGACUCAGAUUCAGAAUCUGAUACAGUAAAAGAAAAAGAUAAUAAAAAAUCUAAUAGUGCACAUAGUUCAAGGUCUGCAACACCUACACCUGCUGGAAUAUCAGACUCCAUAAAAAGAAAACAAUCUGGAUCUCCAGAUUUAUCACAAUCGAAAAAGUUAAAAUUGGAUAAUUUUAAUUUAGUACCAGUAACUUCUUACAUUCCAGGAGCCAGUGAAUCUGGAAUUACAGAAGAUGCAGUUAGACGAUAUCUUAUGCGUAAACCAAUGACAACAACAGAACUUUUACAAAAGUUUAAAUCAAAGAAAACUGGUCUUACUUCUGAACAAUUAGUUAAUGUAAUGACUCAAAUACUGAAAAAGAUCAAUCCAACUAAACAGACAAUAAAAAAUAAAAUGUACUUAUCUAUUAAAACACAAUCUAAUUGA